GUGUAGCCAUACAUUUUACUUGAUCACUUCAAUUUCGUUGGUGUACAAAUUCAACUUUUAUUCUGUACUAAAUCGAAAAACUGCGACAAAAGUCCCAUCUGUCAAAUUCAAAUCUACUUGUGGCGCUUAGUUGAGUUCUCCGUACCGCACUGACACAUUUCGACUGAACGAAAGCUGUCAAAACAAAAAAAAAACGACAUAUUCCCAAUAAUAACAUAGUAUUUACAUAUAUUCUCAAUGAACGAGUGCACGACAAUUCAGUCGCUACAUAACAAUCGAACAAAGCUAAUCACCAAGUGUUUGUUUAAGAUAAGUCGCGGUAGCUACGGAACACACACAUCGCUUCAACUCUUAUACAUAUUUUUUUGUUUUUGUUUUCAAUUAACUCUUUGUUUCGAUCGUUUUAAAUAGUCACACACAAAUUGAUUGCAUUCAUUCCGUGAAAUUGGUUGAAUUUGGCCGAAACCUACCAUUAAAUUAAAGUGUGUUACAUAAAAGAAGAAGAAACCAAUUGAUUUUGGUUGGCGAAAAAAAUAGGGAGCGAUGUAUGAGUUUGUCGUGUAGUUGUUAUCAUCGAAAUCAGUGAACACAAAGUACUUAGGAAAAUAUUUGCCAGUUCGAAACAGGAGAAAAUAAACAUGGGAUAUUACCGUGAACCAAUUAUGUGAUAUACGAUUCGAAAUGCGAUAAACAAACAACGAGUUUUAUAUGCGUUUGGGCCCUAUCAAUUCGUUUUUAUCUUCAAUUUUCUUAACUUUUGUAAAUAUGCGUCGUCAAACUCAUUGAACAUUUUCGAGCAAACGAACGAAUAGAAAAAGAAGAACCACAUAAUUGCUGUCGUAUGGUGUCUCGCGACUGUACAGUGUACACCAUUUCGGAAAAUCAAUUUCUUGAAUUAACUCUUUUUUCCACACAUUUCUUCUGUAUUUUUUUUUGGCACGGUGUCAUGCGUGUAGACACAUGUCGUCUCCAGUUGCAAAAACACCGAAUCGUCAUAAUAACGUGAAUACAUUUGUACAAAUUCAAUGAGCAAAAAGAGCAACAGCGAAAAUCGAAGACGAGAGAGAAACGGAAAUUUUAUUAAAAUUAAUAGUCAUUUUUGGGAUUUUGACACAUUCGAGAUAAACGAUUGCGCGUUGCCAAGCCUUGUAGCCGACGACGCACAAAGAGAUAGCGAUAUUGUGAUUGGAAUCCCGUAUUUGAUGACAUUUCGCCACAAUGAAAUUCGCUGAACAUUUAUCGGCUCACAUUACUCCGGAAUGGCGGGCAGCCUACAUCAACUAUGAGGAAAUGAAAGCCAAAAUUUAUUUGGCAGUCGAAGAAGCGCCAUCCGUUGACAAUGUUGAAGAAGAAAUCUUAAAGCGUCACUUUGCCAAUUUCGAUGAAACCUUUUUUUUGUAUUGCGAUCAGGAAUUAAAGAAAAUCAAUACUUUCUAUUCAGAAAAAUUGGCUGAAGCGACGCGUCGUUAUGCUGCGCUCUCUGCUAAACUUAAGGAGGCCAAGGAGGCUGCACAACGUGUCACAAAAAAGAAUUCCUCACAAAAAUCACAAAUUCCACAACGAAAAGUGCAAGAGUUGAAAUUAGCAUUUAGCGAAUUCUACCUGAGCUUGAUUUUGUUGCAAAAUUAUCAAAAUCUUAACUAUACGGGAUUUCGUAAAAUUCUCAAAAAACACGACAAACUAUUGCGGGUCGAUCAUGGUGCCAAAUGGAGACAAGAACACGUGGAAACGUCACAUUUCUUCACGAACAAAGACAUCGAUCGGAUUAUCAACGAAACGGAAACGGUGGUCACAAAUGAAUUGGAAGCCGGCGAUCGUCAACGGGCAAUGAAACGAUUGCGAGUCCCUCCGUUAGGCGAAUAUCAAAGCCCAUGGACAACAUUCAAAGUUGGCCUAUUUAGUGGAUGCUUUAUAGUAUUAUUCAUUUCCGUAGUAUUAUCGGCCAUUUUCCACGAUGUGUCGACGCAAAAUUUGAAAAUUGCAUUCCGUUUGUACCGAGGACCGUUACUUAUUAUCGAGUUCAUAUUCUUAAUUGGCGUCAACGUUUAUGGUUGGCGUUCUUCUGGUGUAAAUCAUGUACUUAUUUUUGAGCUUGAUCCCAGAAACCAUCUGUCGGAGCAGCAUCUCAUGGAGUUGGCCGCCAUUUUUGGCGUUGUUUGGACAUUAAGCAUUUUAAGUUUUCUGUACAGUGCCAGUUUAAGUAUACCUCCAUUCAUUAAUCCACUUGCAUUGGCCAUUAUUAUGGCUAUAUUCCUAAUGAAUCCGCUGAAAAUUUUGCGGCAUGACGCACGGUUUUGGCUGCUGAGAAUUUCGGGUCGAAUGAUUGCAGCUCCAUUCUUCCAUGUUGGAUUCGCUGAUUUCUGGCUGGCGGAUCAGUUAAAUUCUUUAGCCGCCGCUUUGCUUGAUUUUCAAUAUUUGAUUUGCUUCUACUUCGUAAACGGGGAUUGGCUCAAUGCUGGCAAUACAUCUGAGUGUAUGGAAACAAACUUUACCUAUCGCCCAAUUGUAAAUUGUUUACCGGCAUGGUUCCGUUUUGCGCAGUGCCUGCGACGAUAUCGUGAUUCACGUGAAGCCUUUCCGCAUUUAGUCAAUGCCGGCAAAUAUUCGACAACAUUUUUGGUUGUGAUUUUUGCCACCCUCAGAGCUUACCAUGCAUCGGAGUAUGAAUCAACGUUCGAUAAUCCAUACACAAUUUGUUGGAUAUUGAGCGGUUUGCUUGCGUCAACUUAUGCAUACAUUUGGGAUAUUAAAAUGGAUUGGGGCCUGUUUGAUAGCAAUGCCGGCGAUAAUAAAUUCUUACGAGAGGAAAUCGUUUACUCAUCAACGGUCUUUUACUACUUCGCCAUCAUCGAAGAUGCAUUCUUACGUUAUGUUUGGCUACUUGGUUUCGGUUUGACUGAGUCGAAAUUCAUAUCGGGUGAUUUGUUAACUUCAAUUCUGGCGCCACUUGAAGUGUUCCGUCGAUUUGUGUGGAACUUUUUCCGGUUGGAGAACGAGCACUUGAACAAUUGCGGUAAAUUCAGAGCGGUCCGUGAUAUUUCCAUUGCCCCAAUCGAUUCGUCCGACCAAAAUCAAAUACUACACAUGAUGGACGAACAAGAUGGCAUCCAGAAUCGAUACACCAAAGGAAAUCGACCAAAAUCGAGAAAACAAAAAGAUCCCGAGCGCAAAGCGCUUCUUCAACCAUUAAAUGAUUCCAUCAUCGAUUUGAGAAUGGAAAUGGGUGCUAGCAAAAAAGUUUAGCUUUAUUCAAAUCAAUUCGGUGCUACAACGUGAUUUCUUGUUAAUUUUUUUUCCCCUUGGGAAGACAAUAAUUUUGCAAUACCAUAAGCACAAAAAAAGAAUGAAUUCAUACAUUUUGUAUGAACAAUUGGGCUAUUAAGACUUAACGAAUUACCUGCAAAAUUUCUUCUUCUUUUCAAUUAUUUUAUUUUUCGGUAAAAUUUCUUUAUUCAACAAUUGUAUUCUACAGUAGAAUUGUAUAUUAAAUUGCAACAAAAGACAAAUAAAUUGUGAAUAGAUUAAAUUGAA